AAAUGUGACACCAAGCCAAAGGACAGGCUGUUUCUCUGAAGCCUGCCUCGUUUGAGCGCAGACCAGAGUUUCGGUUCCGCGGACUUCCCCGCCUCCUGCCCACCGCUGCUACCAGGAAGCAGUGCAGCGUUGAGCUGGAACACAUCACACUCUGGACCUCGAGGCUUUCGGAGAAUAUGUCUGAUAUCUGUGCUGUUGUCCUCGUGGUUUCAGCUCUCUGUGGCACCACAGUAGUAUCACAGCUGCUCAGUGGACCCUCCAACGUCCACCUGACCUCCCACAACAUGGACCUGGUGCUGCGGUGGGAGCCGCCUGAGGGCGCAGCCGGCGGCCUGCUCUACACCACGGAGUACAGGUCUGUAGCUUUUUAUUUUAGCUGUGAAAAAACAUGUUUUCUGUCUACAUUUACCACUCUGCUGUUUUAUUUCUCAGCCUUCAUUGGUCCACCCACUGUGUCUCUCUUCUCCAGUGGGGCAACUCUGGAAGUCGGAAUUCAAGAUCCAGUGUUCAUGAUCUCAGCACUGAGGAAUGUAUAUAAUGGAGCCACCUACAACAUUACCUACUGGAAGAAGGACCAGAAUGAAAAGGCAAGAAGCAUCUACAACAUACAGCAGAACCGGCUGGUUCUAAAUGACCUGGAGCCCCGAACCAAGUACUGUGUCCAAGUCCAAAUCAACACAGACAGGAACCCCAACCCCAGCCAGCCCAGCAGCAUUAUCUGUGAGAACACUGCCAAUGAACAAGAAACUCCAUGGGUGGCAGCUGUGGUGGCAUUUGUCACAAUGGCAGUGGCAGUAACUCUGGUGGUGGUUGCGGUGGUGUAUUGGAAAAGUAUCUCCCAAUUUCUCUGUCCGAAAGAUGCACUGCCUCUACACUUUAAAGAGUCUCUGCUGGCGCACCCCAACUCCACCAUGUACCUGGCCAUGCAGAGCUCGCACCCAGUUGAGGAGAUCUACCACCCAAUCAGCAUCAUUGCAGGCGACAGGACUGUGGAGGAAGGGGAUCCUCUGGAGGCAGCAGGGAGCAGCUGCGGUCAACAGUCUGAUGUCAUAGUGGAGGAAUGAUAAAAGGAAAAAGGGAAAGGCUGAAAAGCACAGAAGCAGUGAAAAGAAUAGAGCUUCACGCUGCAAUCGGGUGUUAAAGACUCUAAGAAACAGUGACAUAAUCAGUUCAUGCUUGACUUCAGAGUUUAAAUGCAACAAAUUCUGCAGGAGUCUCACAUUAUUCCUCAAAGCAUGUGCGACUGUAAAGUGAUGUCUGGCAGAGCCACAGAGGUAUGCAGGUACAAUACUGAUACAUCAUCCAGGUGAUGUCAUUUUUGCACUGUAGAGUUCUAAUGUUGCUGACACUAUUACCACAUACCAUAUUUAACUGAAGGAGCAUUGCACACCCCACUCUGAAGCAUGGCGCUGUGGUGCUACAAGAUUGUCCAUUUACUAUGGUCUGUGUGUUAUUGUGUUUUGCCAAGAUGCCAAUAUCUAUAAGCUGACAUUUAAUGAGUAUGCUUGGUGAAAUACGCAAAAACUGAAGUGCCUUGAUGUGGCUGUAUGAAGGUUUUUUUUCUUAAUAAAAUAAAUGAAGAAAUUAGUGGUGAAGUGGGAGAUGCAUUCUACAACAGAAGUUCCGACAUGGAGAAUGAAGAGGAAGUAUUUCAGAUACUGAUCUGUUUCUCAGCCAGCAAAUCAAACCAAAGAUUAGUAGGCCCUUUACGGUCAUGGAUUAAACUACUAAAACUGAUCUCCAUGUAUCUAACCUUUAUUUUUUUCCAUGAAAAUAAUCCCUUCAUGCCCUAAAGUGUCUCUCAAUAUAACUUUAUGCUGUUGCUUCCUUCAAAUCCUGCAGGUGCAUGCAGUCCCUGCCUCUACCUCCACCCACCCCUUUUUAUUUGCUGCAGCUGAAGCACACCAUCUCACCUUCAAUUCUGCUAAACCACUACAACUACUCUAUGCUACACAAUGGCAAGUUGAAAUAUUGGGAGUAAUUCACCCAUACAUGUUCAAACUGGAACACAAUUCCAUAGAAGAAGAAUGAUACAGAUCACUAAAUCUUAAUCAGUGCUUUUAAGAGUUUCAGUGGCACAUUGAAGCUUCAUGAAAUGCUAAGCUUUGGCAUUGACUGCUUAUUGUGCUCAUGACAUGUCUUCUAGCAUACAAAAACACUCUACAGACAUGUUAAUGUAAAAAGCUUGAUUUCACUGGAGGGAGUCUUUGUUCCUGGCACAAAGACCAUUUUUAAGUUGUAUUCUUUCAUUAAAUCACAUAUAGAUGGCGUUCUCCCAAGAGAAUAAUCUCUGUAUUUCUGAUUUGGUCUGUCAUGUGUUGAACAGAUGUAAUAAGUAAAAGGUAAACAAUAAAAUUGAGCCUCCCAUGUUGUAAGAUAUAGCGCCCUCCAUAAUUAUUGGCACCCCUGGUUAAGAUGUGUUAAAAGCCUU